UUCUCAUCUCUCUUCUCUUCUUCUCAGUUUCACAGUUCUCGAUCACAUUCUCUCAUCUUCUUCCUUUCCAUAACCCAAAUCCAAAACCUCUUUCUCUGAAAACCAAAACGUUAACAAAAUGUUGCGGUCCUUGACGAGAACCGCAGCAACAAAUCACCAUUCAUGGCGCAACAACCUCACUCCAACAAUCUCAUCACUAAAUUUUUCUUCAAAGUCUCCAUCAAAACCCACUCCCACUUCAAAAACUCCUGCCUCCUCUACCGCCCCCACCGCCGACACCUUCUUCGACGAACAAGAACGUCUCCGCAACCUCGCCGCUGACGAAAAGGAUCCAUCUCUCAAUGUGGGCCCCAAUGGCCGACCCCUCUUCACUUCCGCCUCUUCUCUAUCAAAGCUCACUAGCAACGAUACCUGCACCUACUUCAAGCUCACAAAGGAGACAUUGGAUGCUGUUUUGCCUGAAGGGUUGCCGGUGGGUAUGUCGAAGGAGUUUCAGGACUCUAAGCGAACUGCUUUGCUUGUUCGCCAGAGCUUUUUGGAUCUUCGUGAUAACUUCAGACGUGUGGUUGAUCCACCAAUGUCGUCACCUCAUGGUAAAGGGGUCAAAGUUAGGAAGCAAGUUAUUUUAGAUGGUCCUGUUAGCUGUGGGAAGAGCAUUGCGCUUGCAAUGCUUGUUCAGUGGGCUAGAGAAGAAGGUUGGUUAGUUUUCUAUGUUCCUCAAGCAAAGGAAUGGACUCAUGGAGGAUUUUUCUAUAAGCAUCCACAAACAGAUCUAUGGGACACACCUGUCCAGGCCGAGAAUGUUCUCAAAGAUUUUUUGAAAUACAAUGAAUCUUACCUAAAGGAACUGCCGUGCCAAAUAUUUGAUCCAAUCCCAUUAGGUGAGGGUGCUGGUGUUGGAUGGUUGAAAGAUGUUGAUUCCAUGGCGAUUCCUGAAGGUACAAUGUUAUAUGAGCUGGUGAAGACUGGCAUUGAACAAACACAUGCAGCUGUUGGAGUGGUAGUUCGUUUGAGGAAAGAGUUAUCACUUGUUAAAGACAUGCCUGUUCUUAUUGCAAUUGAUCAAUAUAAUAGCUGGUUUACAUUCAGCGAGUAUGAGGAACCUGUCACAAUUCGUUCAUGCCGGUCAAUACAUGCUAAAGAAAUUACCAUGGUUAAUGCUUUUAGGUCAAUGAAGCAUGAUGAUAUGAUGGUAGGGGCUUUUUCUCAUUCAACAGCUGUAGGAAAGCUUCGUCAAUAUUUACCAGAUGUUCCAGUAGAUGCUCGUGCUAUGUUUCCUCGAUACAGUUUAGAAGAAGCCGAGACUGUUUGUCAUUAUUAUUUAAGGCAGAGGCUUAUUCGCCGUGAAGCAUUCUCAGAAGAAAAUUGGAAGAAAAUUUACUUCCUAUGCAACGGGAAUGGAACAGAGAUGAGAGGGUUAGUUCCUUUCAUGCGAUGACAGACACCAGAUGCAUUAUUAUUAAAAAAAAAUUAACCAAUGCGAUGUCUUCUGACUGUCAUCCAUAAUAAUAUAGAUGUUUCUUAUUUUUGUGCGCUAUAUUCCUCAUAGGAUAGGAUACAGUUGUGUUAUUAUUUGUACGAUCCAGUUUAAUCUGUUUAAUUUGCUUUAAAAAUUGUUCUCAAAGGCAGUGUAAUGAGUCUGUUUCAGAUUUUGUACAUCUAAAACAUUUCGUUACUAUAAGAAUAUUUUAUCUCCCUCUAUUAACCAAACAAGAGGUUUUAUCUCA